AUGAAAAGGUAUAUAGGCCUGGGGGUGGGCAGCAACUAUACAUACCAUAUACCCCCUAAUCUAUUGCAAAUAUCAGUUGGCUCCGUCACAUCGCCAGGCCAGGUGUUGCUAUCGGUAGUAAGUCAACCUCGUCAGCUCAACUAUAUACCUCCUGGUCCCCUCGUUCAUCUUCCCUGUAUUAUUCAAUCACCCCUCCCUCUUUUGCCUCCCUCCCAAAUCGGAAUCAACCAUUUCACCCGGCAUAUCCGUCAAGCUGAAGGGAACCUGACUCGCCAGGUGCGGCUGCCAGCAGCAAACAUGAUGUCGGGACAGGGAUCGCAUUUUACGCAGGCGAACACCGGGAAGAAAAAGAAGAAGACUAAGGGGAAGCAUCGCCUGGCGCCCGCAGCUUCUAAACCGGUUGCAAUUGAUGAGAGCAAGCCACAGGUGGCGUCCGCAAUUGCAGAUGCUCGUGCAUCCAGUGACGAGAAGGAGUCUGUCGAGAAGCCUCGUCCACUAUCAUUCUCAAAAGACCCAGCGAAUGUCUCGGGCACGAGCGCAAAUCUCACCCAGGGAGCACAUGGCCCUCCCUCUCCGACUUGGUCGGCGGAAGAUUCCAAGCUUGGAGUUCACAAUGACCAUAAUGCAGCCUCCAGAGCAGCCGCUAAUGCAGCCUUAUUUGGCAAGAGGACUUCCUACGUGGAGGAAGCACAGUCACAGCGGCCGUUGUCAAGCACACGAGCCACAGAGACGCCCCGAAGAGAUUCUUCAACACUCGGAGCCGCACAUCGCACGGAAAUGCCUAUCAUUGGCGCUUUUCCAGCUGAUGGAGAGGCUGAAGCCGCUGACAGGGGCCCAGAUGCAAGUUCAGGCAACGAGGCUGUCGAGAAAGAGGAAGGGUAUAAUGCCGAGAACAAGUGGGAGGAAAACGUUGCUGACACUGUUGUUAAGGUGGACUCAGACUCAAAGCAACAGGUCGCUUCCGGAAUCAAGGAGAAAAACGAGUGGGUCAAGGAAGAAACCGAGGAGGGUCCCGGGCACACGGCGCACGUCACUCGAAGGCACUCUGAGGUGACUGAGUAUGUGCCUCCAACCGCAGCAGCAGGAGUUCCUGGGAAGCAUAUCGAGCGGAUUAUAGAGAAGGAUACCGUGGAGAAGGAGAUCAUUGAGAAACCUGUUGACACAGCGGCCUCAGAGGCACCGGCGCAAGAACAGAUACCAGAGCCGGCAGCGCCGAAGCCUAGCUACGCUGCUGUGGCUGCAAAGGUGUCAGAGCAACCUCCUGCUCCCGUUGCCCCCGUUGCCCAUGAGGCUCCAGUUCAAACUCAAGCUUCCGCUGUUCCAGCUGAACCUGCAGCGUCAAAAGAAACAACUCCCGCUCCAGCCCCCGCUGCCGCUCCAGUUCCCGUUCCUGCCCCUAUUCCGGUACCUUUAAUGAAGCAGCAAGAGCAUGGUACAGCAGAGAAGGCAAACCAGACGGAGCUCGUUGGAAAAGAGGAGGCACCUCCAGCAACCACUGCACAUGAAGUGCCUACGGCCGAAGAGUUAGGAGUUGCGGCACCCGCAGUCCCAGCAAAGGCACCAGAUAGGCUCAUUACUACCGAUCCCGUUAUCCCAGGCAAAGUUCCGGCGUUGGCAUCUUCGGACGAACAGGUGAAAGCGGCGGUAGAAAGCUCUAGCACCGUCAAACCCCCAGCCACCAAGGAGUCUGUUCAGAAACGUGACGAGGCCCAAAUAUCCCGCCUCACAAGUCAGCAGAGGCGUGAGGUUGAAAAAGAAGAAAAAGCUCGGGAGAAGCAAAAGGCCAAAGAACAAAAGGCCCGGGAUAAGGAGUUUAGGAAAAGCCAGAAACACUUGAGAAAAGGGGCAAAGUCCGAACUACCGCCGGGCAAUGGAGGAGCAAAGCGACUCCGUUUAAGGGAUAGGAUCAUGAACCGCAUAGCAAGGCUCUUAAGUUAA